AGUUUUGGUCCUUGGCUCGAAACUCGAAAUGUAAAAGGGAGCGCUAAAAGCAACUAGUCUGUAACUAGCUCUUGUAGCAUAAAUACAUCUUUAUAUUAGCAGUUUCAGGUAUCUCAAACAAUGGAUGAGACAGAUGGAUGUGAACCAGACCUAGCUCAUCCAAAGGCCAGCAAUAUUUGUGCUAUUGACAAGAAAUCUGUACACAGGAUUUGUUCGGGGCAAGUUGUGCUGACGUUGGCAACUGCUGUCAAGGAGCUGCUGGAAAACAGUAUUGAUGCUGGGGCAACAAUUGUUGACAUCAAGCUCAAAGACUAUGGCAGUGAACAGAUUGAGGUUUCUGACAAUGGCUCUGGCGUACAGGAAUGUAACUUUCAAGGACUCACAUUGAAGCAUCACACAUCGAAACUGCAAGACUUUACAGACCUCAUGAAUGUGGAGACCUUUGGGUUUAGAGGAGAAGCCUUAAGCUCGUUAUGUGCUCUAAGUACCCUCAAUGUAACAACAAGACACAAGUCAGCCAGUGUUGGUACAAGAAUGGAGUUUGACCACAAUGGCAAGAUAACAAAGCAAACAUCCAUGGCUCGACAGAUUGGAACCACUGUCACACUACAGAACCUGUUCUACACACUUCCUGUACGACACAAGGAGUUUCAGCGGAACGUAAAGAAGGAAUUUAUCAAGAUGGUCCAGGUCCUUAACUCGUACUGCAUCAUCAGCACUGGUGUCCGCAUCACGUGCACCAACCAGACAGCUAAAGGUAAUAGGUCUGUUGUUGUAGCAAGUAAGGGUAACGCUGCAAUGAGUGAAAACAUCUCAAAUGUAUUCGGUCCGAAACAGAUGUCCGGUCUAGAAGAGUUUGUACAGAAGUGUCCUGAAGAAGAAACAUGCCAGGAGUUUGGUAUUAAACAGGGAGCAGACAAUAUCUUCAGAGUAGAAGGCUAUGUGUCCAAGUGUGAGCAUGGUUUAGGACGAAGCAGUACAGACCGACAGUUCUUUUUUAUCAAUGGCAGGCCAUUUGAUUCAAUCAAGCUGAGUAAGGUCGUGAAUGAAGUGUACCACCAGUACAACAGACACCAGUACCCAUUUGUGGUCUUCAAAAUCUCAACACAGAAAGACAAUGUGGAUGUGAAUGUGACCCCGGAUAAGAGACAGGUCUUCAUGGAUGGGGAGAAACAUAUUCUCGCCACAGUCAAGUGUUCAUUGGUAGCUAUGUAUGAACCCAGCACGUCCAUACUCCGAAUGCAACAGCCAGCUGGAAUACCAUCUCAGCUUAAAUCUCCUUUGCCAGAAUCUGUUGACCAUAUAGGGCUGUCAAGACACCAGAGUCUGGAAAAGCCAAGCGGUCUUUCCUCCCUGCAAAAGUUGAAAAGGUCGUUCAGUAGUGCGUUUUCCAAGGGGGAUAACUCCCCUCAGGCCUCCCCUCGCAGUGGAACACAGCCCAGUAAACAGAGGAAGCUGGAUGCCUUUGUUUCAUCAUGGAGUCCAGCAAAGAGAAAUAAAGACACUUCACUGCACAAACUCUCUUCUCCAUCAAAAGACAUUGCAGGGGAGGGUAAGAACUUUGAAUUUGUAGAGGAAAGAAUUCAUGAGAGAUCUGAGAGUUUUAUCAUUGACAAGAAUUGUGAUAGUGACAGAGACACUAUGAAUGAAAUGACGGAAAAUAUUGACAAUUGUAAGCGUUUGUCUUCAGAAUAUCAGUUAAUAAAUUGCGAUGAGAGUAAAAAAGAUUGCAGUAUUAUUGAAGAAACUCGUAAACAUCUUAAUACUGAUACACAAAAAGAAUGUGAUACAACAGAAUCGUGUUCCAGUCAAUCAAUUAAAAUAGUUCAUCACGGUGUCAACUCUCAGGCAGUUGAGGUUAGUGAGUGUAAAUCAAACCAACAAAGUAUCGAUGCUGAUUCAGACCACCAUGAAAGUCUUUAUCAUUACCAGACAUCAGAGUGCACAUCACUCAGUGAAAAAAUCAGCUCAGAAAGAGACAGUACACCUAUAGGUUCCCAACAGUAUGAAGAGAGUUUAACCAACAUUGAUAAACAUGAAGCUGCAUACAAAAAUCAGUCGGAGUUUGAUGAAGGGCAUGAAAACAUGAAGACAGAGGAGAUUCCAAAAAUGGACUGCACUGUGGAUGCCUGCCAUAUUGUUGACUCCGAGGAAGAUUUUAAAAAGGCAGAAAAGCCAAUCCAGUUUUCUAUGGAAAACCUAAGGGACAGAUGGAGAAGAAAAGCAAAAAACAAAGAAGAUGGUAACAAGUUUUCUAGAGCUUUUCGUGCAACCAUCAACCCAGCUGAAAACAGUACUGCUGAGCAGGAAUUGCAGAGAGAAAUCAAAAAAGACAUGUUCUCUCAGAUGGAGAUCCUAGGGCAGUUUAAUCUUGGCUUCAUCAUUGCCAAGUUUGAGCGAGAUCUGUUCAUUGUUGACCAGCAUGCUACAGAUGAGAAGUACAACUUUGAGACAUUGCAGAGGGACUAUGUUAUACAAAGCCAGAAACUCAUAUGCCCUAUGAAUCUAGAACUGACAGCAAGCAAUGAAACGAUACUAAUGGACAACCUUGAUGUGUUCAGAAAGAAUGGCUUUGAGUUCCAAAUAGAUGAAAAUGGUCCUCCGAUGCAGCGAGUAAAGCUGGCGUCUACCCCCGUUAGCAAGAACUGGAAUUUUGGAAAGGAGGAUAUAGAGGAGAUGAUCUUUAUGCUGACAGACUCCCCUGGUGUUUUGUGUCGACCAUCCAGAGUGCGAGCCAUGUUUGCCUCUCGUUCGUGCCGGAAGUCUGUCAUGAUUGGAACCUACCUCAACAAGACAGAAAUGAAAAAGCUGUUGUCUCAUAUGGGAGAAAUAGAUCAACCAUGGAACUGCCCCCAUGGUAGACCAACGAUGAGACAUUUAAUCAACCUAGACAUGCUUCCUACUUGACAAUGAUGAUAAAUUUAAUUAAACUUGACAUGCUUCCUACUUGACAAUGAGGAGCCAUGUAAUCAACUUAAAUACGCCCUCUGAGACAUUUACUGUCCCACUUGACAAUGAUAAUACAUUUGAUAAACCUAGACAUGCUUCCUACUUGCUAGUUCCAUCAUAACAUCUCAAUUGUGCAGAUUGUGUGUUUGCCUUCCAGUAGCAGACAUGUCAUAUUGUGCAAACUCACUUGCAAGGAGCAGACCUCUCAUAUUUAGACUCGCAUGUUUGCCUGUUAGAAGCAGACAUCAUAUUAUGUGUAGACUCACAAGUUUGCCUGCAGGUAUGGAAAACAUACUAUGUGCAGACUCGCAGGUUUGCCUGUUUGAAGCAGACAUCAAAUUAUGUGCAGACUUGUACUCGCUUGCCUGCAAGUACUGACACCAUAUUAUGUGCAGACUCGUAAGUUUGCCUGUAAGUACUGACACCAUAUUAUGUGCAGACUCGCAAGUUUGCCUGUAAGUACUGACACCAUAUUAUGUGCAAACUGGCUUGCCUGGAAGUAACGACACCAUAUUUUGUGCAAACUCGCUUGCCUGCAAUUACGGACACAAUAUUAUGUGCAAACUUGCUUGCCUGCAAGUACUGACACCAUAUUAUGUGCAAACUCGCUUGCCUGCAAGUACUGACACCAUAUUAUGUGCAAACUUGCUUGCCUGCAAGUACCGACAUCAUAUUAUGUGCAAACUCGCUUGCCUGCAAGUACCGACACCAUACUUUGUGCAAACUUGCAAGUUUGCUGCCUGCAAGUACCGACAUCAUAUUAUGUGCAAACUCGCUUGCCUGCAAGUACCGACACCAUACUUUGUGCAAACUUGCAAGUUUGCUGCCUGCAAGUACCGACAUCAUAUUAUGUGCAAACUCGCUUGCCUGCAAGUACCGACACCAUACUUUGUGCAAACUCGCAAGUUUGCUGCCUGCAAGUACAUCAUACUAUGUGCAGACUCGCAAGUUUGCAUGUUUGUCUGUUAUUGACUAUCCAAGGUUGACGCAGAGGUUUUUGUCUGCUAUGGAUGAUUGACACUGGAAAUAAAUUGUCAAUGCCUAUCGCAGCAAGAAGAGUUGUAUAGGAUCCUUGUAUGUCUCCUUUUCAAUUUACAAGGUUAGACAUACUGUUUUUGUCAGUAUUCUUAUUCUUCUUCAACCGAUAGACAUACUGUUUUUGUCAGUAUUCUUAUUCUUCUUCAACCGAUUUUGUCCAAAGUGGAACUUGGGAACUACUGGAAGGAAAUGAUUGAAACUUAGAAGAUAGAUAGAUGGCAAUAUAAAGCUAUGCCAUUGCAAGAAAUAUAACACUGGUGCAGUUUUUCAAUUUUUAAAACAAUACUACCACAUUGUGUUCAUGAAAAAGAUGUAUUUGUUGGUAAAUAAAAUGCCACAAAAUGUGUUCAUAUAUAAAAGAUUGUGUUCAGUUUUAUAUAUUGCUAUAUCCUCUGGCAAUUGCCAACUUUUCUACUUAUAUAUAUUCUUGUUUAACCGAUGCUAAAUCAUUGAAUCUAUGACUACUUCACCAGCG